CAAAAACAGACUGAGUUGUUAACGUUGUCGCCAUCAUGCCAAAAAGACGAAACCCUUUCGGUGACAGUUCUCCACUCCAGCUGAAAACACACGUGGGUCAGAAAGAACUAGCUGAUGGCAUCUCUGGGAAAGAGCAUCUCAAAGCAGUAUAUGAGAGGACGCGCCAGAUGCUUUUCAGUGGAGCUACGAAGAACAAGACAAAUGCCAUGAUAACUGAUGCUAAUGAUAACAAUAUCACUUUUCCUAGUCAGAGUCCUCCCCAAACAGUCCCUACUAUAACACUCUCGGGGCAGAUGUGUCUGACUACUGAGGGACAACUUACCAUGUCAGCUUUGUCCACACAAGAAAUGGCUGUUGACAUGGGUGUUUCACAGAUGGUGCCCAGCGCCACACACUCCGGACAGAUGUGUCUGACUCCUUGGGGACAGCUGGCCAUGGCAAACGCCUUCACACAAGAGAUGGCUGUUGACAUGGGUGUUUCUCAGAGGGUGCCUAGCAAAACACUUCCAGGACAGAUGUGUAUUGACCAGACAGGUCAACUUACCACACCUGCACCACAAGAACAAAUGUCUGUUGAUACAGAUCCUUGUCCUCCAAAGUCAUUUGAUUUCUUCAAAAUGAAUGGAAAGGGAAAAUUCCCAGGAAAGAAAACAUGUCAGUCCAACAGAUCAAAAUGUGGUUUUUGUGAGAAAAUGGUAGACAAAGUGCAACAAUGCUGUAAUUGUCAAGCUGAGUUCUGUCACCUUUGUUCAACAAGCAAUUAUGAUGAAUGCAUGGAGAGGAUAUUUUGUCUGAGUUGUAAUCCUUGACAUCCAUACCAGAAGAUGAGCGGUUUUUCUCAAUAUUUGGAGUCAUUGGAUAUUAUGUGAGCUGCCAUUUGGUAGCAUUGUUUGAUGUAUUUUCUGUUGUCUACAGACAGAAAUGCAUUAGUGCACAGACAUGUUUAAGCAAUGGAUAGACACAAAUGCACCAAACCUUUAGAAAGGUAUCUGGACCAGUGCACCGUUACUUAAUUGGUGCACCUUGUAGUACAAUAAAUGUUGGUUGUACUCAAACAGAUGAAUCCUAGAAAAAGUAUCAGAGUGACAAUGCAACCUUCAAUAGCAAAGACUUUCUUGUAAAUGCUUUUCUGGUGUUAUUCAUUUGAGAGAGGUCAGAGGUAAGAAGUCACAGAGAGGUCAGAGGUAAUAAAUCACAGAGGUCAGAAAUGAUAAGCCAGACGCCAAAUUUAUUAAAGAAUUAAAAAAUCAAGGUGUAAAUCAGUAAGUAAUAGGAGGGUCUAGAUUACAGCUUUACAAAUCUUGACUUCUGUAGGACUGGUUGUGGAAUCUUUUUUAAUAUGAUUAUCCUAUGCAGAUUCCUAACAAUGAAUCUAGUCAAGCUGAAAGCCAGUAACUUUCAUCACCAGUUUAUUGUUAUAAAUUGGAUACAACACUGCAGCUAUUUUUUAUGCCCAUGCCAUAUCAGGGUGGAGAGGAAUGUUGUCUUUCUGUUUACUUACUCUUUAACAGAUAAAUAGAAAUGUUUAGUUGUAUAAUGGUCUAGUUCUGAUUUGUUUACAGUUGAUUUACUUUUUCAAGAAAUAUGUCCUUUUAAUUUUCACAAAUAUAUAAGACCAAGAUUGAAGAACAUUGCCGGUACUUGUUUCCAUGCAAGGGUUGGACUAAAAAAAUAUCUGCCACUUCCUUAGAUAUCUUGACUCAAAUAUAUUGUUAUCACAGGGGGCAUCUCCAAAGCAUUUAAACAUGGAAACUUUUUCUUUAUCUCAAAAUGAAUUUUGUUUAACAAAGAGCACUAAACACUUUCAUAUUUCUUCUUUGAGGUUGGUGGCAGCAUUUGUGUUGCUCCCACACAUUUAAAUUAAGAUUAUUUAUGCUUAUACUAUUUUCAGUCAUUUUGAAACGUCCAUGAUUCUUUGAAAUUAAAUCAAUACAGUAGAUGCUUUAUUGAUUGUUGUGUGAACAGUUUAGAAUGAUCAUACAUUGUAGGUCAUUGUAGCUAAACAUAACACUGUUAUUUUUAUUAGAAUAAGUAAAUUCAGAAGUAUCAAAAAUUAUCUAUAUACACACAAGUCUGACCAGCUAUUUGUACACCGAUAUAUACAUUGGUAAGUUGAGUUGUAAACCUUGAUGGAUGUGAAUCAAUCAUUCAGUAAAUGUGUAAUUAAAACAUGUUAUAUACUUUAAUCUUGAAGAAAUCACAAACAUCAGCAUUAUUUGUCAUUACGAUGUUUUAAUGACACAGUGCAUACUAUAUUCUGUUGUAAUAAUAGAGUAUUUUGAACAAUUACUAUCAAACUGAAUUAGAUUUCAGAAAUAGAAUGUUUAAGUAAAUACAAUAGAAUGAUAUAAGUGAACUAUAUGGUUAUUCAAUAUCUCUAUAAAUUUGUUAUCUUUUUUUACCAAGACAUAUAUAC